ACCAUAGAAGAAGGCGAUUAGUGAUUACACUGAUUUUUCAAACGGCCCACUUUUUCUCAACUGAACCCGCGUUUUCUUCUCCCCCCUCGUCCCUCUUCAUCCCACUCAACCCAAUCAUUUCCUGCCGGACCUUCUACACCACCGCUCACCGCCCAGAAAGGCCAAAACCCAUCUCUCGUCACGACCCAGAACCAACUUGCGCCUGUCUUCCUUUUUGUUUUGUUUUGUUUUCUCUCAAGCCUUUUAAGCAACACAGAGCAUGGGAAACUGUAACGCCUGUGUGAGACCAGACUCCAGCCCUGACUCCAAGACGCACCGUACUAAUCACAGACGCAAGAAGAAGUCUAAAGAGCGGACGCCCAAUCCCUACGCUGAAGAAUCUAUCCAAUCCCCGGCUGCUCCGAUCCGGGUAUUGAAAGACGUGAUCCCACUCAGUCACCGGCCUCAGAUCGGCGACAAGUACAUCCUGGGGCGAGAACUCGGCCGGGGAGAAUUCGGCAUCACGUAUUUGUGUACUGACCGAGAGACUAAAGAUGCGUUGGCAUGCAAGUCGAUUUCCAAGCGAAAACUACGGACGGCGGUGGACAUAGAGGACGUGAGAAGGGAAGUCGCGAUUAUGUCCAGUUUACCGGACCACCCGAAUGUAGUGAAGCUGAAGGCGACUUACGAGGACCAUGAAAACGUGCAUUUGGUAAUGGAGUUAUGCGAGGGAGGGGAGCUUUUCGACAGGAUAGUGGCCAGAGGGCAUUACAGUGAGAGAGCGGCGGCAAAUGUUGCCAGAACGAUAGCUGAGGUUGUCAGGAUGUGUCAUGAGAAUGGAGUUAUGCAUAGAGACUUGAAACCGGAGAAUUUUCUGUUUUCUAAUAAGAAGGAGAAUUCCGUGCUUAAGGCUAUUGAUUUUGGACUCUCAGUAUUUUUCAAGCCAGGGGAUAAGUUUGCAGAGAUUGUUGGGAGUCCGUAUUACAUGGCACCAGAAGUGUUGAGGCGUAAUUAUGGACCAGAGGUUGAUGUGUGGAGUGCUGGAGUGAUACUUUAUAUUUUAUUAUGUGGGGUUCCUCCGUUUUGGGCAGAGACUGAGCAGGGUGUUGCUUUGGCAAUUUUGAGGGGAGUGAUUGAUUUUAAGAGAGAACCAUGGCCUCAGAUUUCAGACAGUGCUAAGAGUCUUGUUCGGCAUAUGUUGGAGCCAGAUCCUAAAAAGCGCUUGACUGCUCAGCAAGUGCUUGAACAUUCCUGGCUACAAAAUGCAAACAAAGCUCCAAAUGUCCCAUUGGGGGACAUUGUGAGAACAAGGCUCAAGCAAUUUUCAUUGAUGAAUAGAUUUAAGAAGAAAGCAUUGCGGGUAAUUGCUGAACACCUAUCCCUUGAAGAGGUUGAAGUAAUCAGAGACAUGUUUACAUUGAUGGACACGGACAAUGAUGGUAAAGUAACUUUUGAGGAACUAAGGGCUGGUCUUCGGAAGGUUGGUUCUCAACUGGCUGAACCAGAGAUAAAGAUGCUGAUGGAAGUGGCUGAUGUUGACGGAAAUGGUGUACUGGACUAUGGAGAGUUUGUAGCUGUAACAAUUCAUUUGCAGAAAAUGGAGAAUGAUGAGCAUUUCCGCAGGGCAUUUAUGUUUUUUGAUAUGGAUGGUAGUGGAUAUAUAGAAUUAGAUGAGCUACGAGAGGCCUUAGCAGAUGAAUCUGGUGAAACUGAUAAUGAUGUGCUGAAUGACAUCAUGCGUGAAGUUGACACUGACAAGGAUGGAUGCAUCAGUUAUGAAGAAUUUGUUGUUAUGAUGAAAGCUGGAACUGACUGGAGAAAGGCAUCUCGGCAGUAUUCAAGGGAGAGAUUCAAGAGUUUGAGCCUCAACCUGAUGAAAGAUGGUUCAUUGCAGCUCCAUGAUGGGUUCACUGGCCAAUCUUAUGCUGUCUAAAUAAAAAGGUUCACGACUUUUUUUUGCUUGUGCUUACUGAAUGUUUCUGUUCUAUUAAUUAUGUUCCAUACACGAUUCUGGCUUGUUUGUGGGUUUCACAAAAUGCAAGUUUUAGGAGACAUACUGAAUCUUCUUGGGUUCAAUUGGACAGACUCAGUUGGCUUUAGUCUGCAUGAACCAAGCAUCAGAGGAUUGGCUCACAUUAGAAAGCCACAGCUUGGCAUUGUGGUGGCAUAUAUAACAGGUUCAAAUUAAACUAGUGACAUGUUGCUUUGUAUAUUUGUUUUUUCAUUGGCAUCAGGUGAUUUUCUUCUAUAUGAUUUUUCUGACUUAAUGCAGAAUCCCUAUUGGAAUUGUUUUUGUGA